AUGUCAACGGCACAACAAGUACUCAAAUUGAAGAGAAUAGUCUGGACGGGUGCAAUUGCAUCGGUUACAGUUGUGGGCACAAUAUACGGUGCUGGGUUGAAAACGCAGGGAGAACAAAAACAGCAAAUCCGCAAAGUCCGCGAAGCCCCAAUUUCUGAACGAAUUGCCCAUCUCGAAGAACAACGAGGUGUAUUGGUAGGUAAAAGAAUGGGAUUGCAAAAGAAGAUUGAAGAAUCACAACUGAGGAGGAAUGGAGCGACAGUUGAAGAAAGUACCCGGGGAAUGGAGAGGAAGAGGGGAGAAAAUGUUGGGCUCACGAUGGAGGGGGAGAGGAAGACGACGAGAGUGGAUAUGGAGGAUAAUUUGAGGGUGGUGGGGGUGGGGGUGGAGAUUGAAGAGGGGAAGAAGGGAAGAGAGAGAAAGAGGACUUGGUGGUGA